AUGAUUUCCUUGUCAAGUUUACCUGUUGAGGUAUUGAAAGAAGUUUUCCAUCAUCUCAACCAACACUAUACGUUAACGUUAGCUCCACUACAUUCCAGAUUUUACUACAUUGCCAAACCCAAAUUGUACAGGAACAUAUAUGUUUAUUCACCAUGGCCAAUAUACGACGAGCUGAAGAAACCAAAAGAUUGGAAUGAAACUUUUCACAUUUCGAAAAGUCUCAACAACCUCAAGAGCAAAAAGUAUACAAUAAUAUCAUCCGAUACGCUUGAGAGAUAUUUAGCGAAAAUGGACAGGGCGCAAGAAAUUUAUCAUUUUGAAUUGUAUGUUUACAAUGUGACAAUGAUUGACUGCAUUCUAAGGCAUUUUACAACAAUUCGCUAUUUUGAAACACUUCUCAACUACAAACCUCCAGAGCCUGGUGAAAGUGCAGAUUAUAAGGUGUACAACUCCCUUGAUCUUUACCAUGAUGUUACUGUUCUUGUUUCCCCUGAUUUUCGACAGUACUCAGAUACUUUCAAGUUGUUUCACAUUCCCUACCGAGAUUUACCUGUCGUUUUGGAAAGCGUUGAUAGGGUAAAGCAAUUGACAGAGAUGGGACUUCGCUUAGUUCUUGAUUGGCGCCAUAAGCUUUUUCUUUGUACUAUAAAAGUUCCCGUGCUCGAGAUCUACUAUGAAUUCAUGUAUAUGACAGGGAAUUUUAAAUUGAUUGACUAUUUUGAUACCAGCUCUCUUAGGGAGUUGUCACUAAAAGGAGAUAUUGACGUGAACACGUUUUUCUCCAACGGUGAUUUAGAAAAAGACUUUCCACAUUUGGUACAAUUAUGUUUAAGGUUAAUCGGUAAAAGACCUUCUGCAGUUCAGGAUCUAAGACAUUUUAGCCAUGGUAAACUAUUAUCCCUUAUUGUGUCAACCCACGCCAAUGCUGAGUGUGAUGCUAGGGCCGUAUGUGAUUUGACCCCCAGGUACCCCAGUAGUUGCAUUAACUGGUGGAUGGAGGAGCCGAUAAAUGGUUCAAUGUUACACACACACAAUAUGAAAGUCUUGAGUCCCAAUCUCCCGUAUGGUACUAUCGGCUAUCAUUUCCAUAGCAAUGAAGAUUUGACAAAAUUUAAACAUACUGUUGUUACUGGCACUGGAGAGGUGGUGGAGGUGAAGUUCAAAAAGUGGUAUACAAAUGAUGAAUUAUACACCAUAUACAUGAAAUCCGCGUGGCCUCCAGUAUUUCGACAUAGAGUUGAGAAAGGUUGCGCAAAUUAUUAUACUAGUCCUUAUUGGUAG